AUGGAGGCACCAACUGCUCCAGUUUCCCCAAGCACAGAAGAUGGACCGCUGAAGGAUCGGCAGUUUAGUUUGGUUAAACUUGACCAAAACUUCAAGACAAAGUUGACAAUACCAGGCAAGGUUGACACGCCAGUGACAACACCAGGCAAGGUUGACACGCCAGUGACAACAGCAGGCAAGGUUGACACGCCAGUGACAACACCAGGCAAGGUUGACACGCCAGUGACAACACCAGGCAAGGUUGACACGCCAGUGACAACAGCAGGCAAGGUUGACACGCCAGUGACAACACCAGGCAAGGUUGACACGCCAGUGACAACACCAGGCAAGGUUGACACGCCAGUGACAACAGCAGGCAAGGUUGACACGCCAGUGACAACACCAGGCAAGGUUGACACGCCAGUGACAACACCAGGCAAGGUUGACACGCCUUUGGCAGCAUCAGGCAACGUUGAUACAUUGAUGACAACACCAAGCAAGGUUAACAUGCCUCUCACAACACCCGUCAAGGUUAAUCUGUCCAGGGGGGCAACAUCACCAUGGCUACGCAUCUCGCAUAAUUCUCUAGUCUUUCAAUAA